AUGACCUCUGAGCAGCUGCAAGCCAUUGCUUUGCAAGAUCCUUUUAUACGAUACUACGCUUCGACAUAUCUUCAAACCUUGCAAGCAAGCACGAAAUCCUCUGCCUUGUACAGAAAUAUAACCGCUGGUCAGGAAAUCACGGAACUAUCGGAAUAUCUGAAGUUGUCAGCGUUUUUUCAGUCGGCUCCAGAACCCGCAAUUGGCGUAAGUAUGUUGUUUUGUUAUUCAAAGACCGAGUUCAACUGCAUAAAACCUUAAGUCAGAUGUAACUGCCAGCGUCUGACAUUCAGUCAAGAGUGAACGGGGCUUAAUGUCAGGUUAUAUGCGCAGGUGAUGUAAUAAAUCUGAUACUUGAAUUUUAAAAUCGCCUCCGUGACGUCAGUGUAUUGCUAGAGUAAACUGAUGUUACAGCGGCCAACUUAGUUGACGCAAACAAUAUCGUGUUCCUUUUUGCUCAGUGAGAAUUUUUGAAUCUAAAAUACUCUUUGUCCAUGCAAAUAUUAUGCAAAGAAAGUAAUGUAUUGUUUUGUCAAUUGCGUAUGACUAGCCCAGCAUGUUGUCUGUGUUCCCUGAUUGUAUAUGUUAAAUUUCCUGUCGUUAAUUGUAACUGUCGUGCCAUUAUUAAUUAAGAAACGUGGUUUUCUUUUUCUUUUGACUCAAUGGAAAUUAAUGACAGUUAAGUCAGUAUUAAAACAAAAGAAAAAUUCUUAGCCCAUCAUCAAGUACUUCGACAGUGUAUCUCUCCAUGCAACAAGCCUUCCAGAUGACACCACUACCACACACCGUUCAAAUCUGAAAACUGAAAUCCACUUUUAAAUUAGUUUCCUGAGUUUCUUUCUUAACCUUGAAUUACAAAAUUAGAGCGGUUUACCAUAUGAUCACCCCGUCUAUUUACGGAUGAGAAAUAGGAAAGGCUUGGUUUUUUUUGUUGUUGUUGUUUUUAUUUUCUUUCGUUUCUUUCUAUUAUAAAGUGAACGUCGAUCUAUUUUUGAAAACGAGGGAUUAUAACAUACGCGUCUUAUGGCGUCGCGAAAUGUCGGCUUUUUUCCUGAUGCUAUUUUUCGCGUACAAGUACCGGGUGGAAAUAUUGUCUCUUCUUCAUGCGUGACAUUUUUUGGCUUAUCUCAGUCUCUACGCUGGUGUACUUAAAUCCCAGUGAAACUUGCAAGGCAAGAUAACGUGUCGGAUAAUUCAGAAGAUUUAAAAUAGACGCCUACAGAAGGGGUACUUUGGGCUACACUUUGUAGUGGUCUAAUAUAUUUUGGAAGGUAUUAUGCUUAUCUCACCUUUUGCAUGCUGAGUGUAUAACUACUCCUAUCCCACUUCCUGAUCAUCCGUCCGAUAUUUUAGGGACCUUACGAUCCGACAACGGCGACGUCCAUGUAAACUUCGCUGAAAAAUAGACUCCGCAUUCUUUUAAACCAUUUCGCGGUUAUCCCAAGUCACCCAGUUACUUAAAGGAAGGGAAUUGAAUUUAUGUUGGAGCUGAAGAGAAAGGAUAACGCCCGAGUUCAGACAGAUUAGAGACGGUAGAAUUUAUCGCCUUGCAGUUCCCGUCCUCAAAAAAAAAAAAAACUUAUAAUCAGGUCAUUUCACGUUGUAGUCGUGCAGGCACGGCUAUUGCUCUUUGAUGCUGCCUUUGCCGUCGCCGUCUUAAUAGGGAAUUUAAGAUAGAGACGUUUUCGGGGCGACGGCAACUUCAACCGAACGUGACAUCAUCAUUUGUUGGAUAUUGCGCAUGCUCGUGCUCACCACCUUGCCGUAGUGGCCCCGUCGGCGACGUGAAACUGGUCUGUUUGGCGUUGUGGCGAAAACGUGAGUAUUUAACUUUCAUUUCAAUCAGGUUUGUUGCGUUUAGCAACCAACAUUUUGCAGAUUAUCGUUCUUAAAUUGUCUUUGUUUUCUUUGAGGCACAUUUCAAGCUCGAUUUCCAAGCUCUGUUAUCUAAAGCCAACCGUAAGUGAGCUUGACAUGGGACAACAUUUUCCCACGAGCCAAAUAAAAGUAUCCAGACAAAAAAUAUGAACUCCGAUAUUUCAAUUGUGUAUUUUUAGUUCGCUGUUUUCGUUAGAAUAUCGUUUAAAUGAAACGCAUUGAAAAUUAUAUAGAAUUGUAAGUAAUACCAUGUACUAACUCGGCGUGGGAAUACUGAAAUAAAGUUGUUGCCGUUGUUGUUGUUGUUGCAUGCAAGUAUUUCCCGGGAAUUAUUUCAAUACCAAACUAAGAAUACGGUUCCUUGGUAGCAUUUUAAUGUUGCUGUAAUUUGCAAGGCUUCGGCAAGACUGUGGAGAUCAUUUUUUUUCAACACGAAAUUCUGCCCUGAACUCAGCUGCAUCCCGCUUGUUUUUUAGCGUGAACGGAUCGUAACUGUCCCGAGGAAAAUCGGGAUUUUUGGACUCAUAACUUUCCCACAAAACGAGAAACUCUUCAUCCGAUACAUGUUGUCUGCAGAGCAAAUAUUUAUUCUCUUAAUUCUUUAUGUGAGGCCAUAUUUUCCUCUUCGGUAUUCUUCUAAUUAAAGGCGCCGUCCUCCUGAGUUCACUGCGAUCUUAAUGUUCUAUUUUUGACGGGGCGCGACGGCUGCCUUAGUUCCAGGCUUUCUCUGCCAGUCCGGUCGCCGUCGCCCCGAAAACGUCUCCAUCUUAAGUUCCCUAGUUUCGUAAGGUCCCUUUUGCCUCUUUGACGGAGACGACGAAAACUAAUUUUUAAUUGGGCUGUGCCGGCGGCCCAAUAAUCAGACAGCAAAUAGACUUUGAUAUUUGUUACCAUUAGGAGUAUGCUCGGCUGGCAUCACGAUAUGAAGCCUUCGUCGACAAUAAGCCCGAGUGGAUAAACGACAAGCACUUUACUCAGCAACGCCUAGCAGGUCAAAAUCCCAUGUCGCUAAAGCGGGUGACAGUUCACGGACAAGGUACGCCUCUGCCUACGCGACCAAUUGUAGUUCUUAAACAAAGUAUAUCUUCAAAUCUCUUCUCAAAGGGUAACUAAUUUUCUGCGUACAGGACGUUCAAACGAUGUGGGUACUCUAAAAGUUACCUUUCAGUAGAGGGAUAGAGAUGGAAGAUGGAGAUGGAGACAAAUGGUACUCGGAGACUUGCUUUCAACAUACUUAUUAAACUUUAUAAGGAACGUAUUAUAGGACAUCCUAUUAGGUAUAAAGUACUUUCAGUUAGGUAUUUUAUAAAUGGAAUGAUCGGGUUCUGUUUCUUUAAACUCGCUCAAUCGAUCUAAAAGAUGGUUCUCCAUUUACUUCUUUGCUAAUCUACCUAAACUUUUCAUAUAUUAACCAAAAAUGAUUUUAAAGUACCAGGAGGUUGUGACUUUGCUGAUACUUAACAUCUAAACAAGUCCCCUUAAAAAGUGUCAAAGAGAACCGUCCCUGUUUAAUUAUAAUUACAGUCAGUGAUGGAAAAAAUCUGCCAACCUGUAGAUCGAUUUCACUUUCGUGAUCAGUGGCUAUGCAAAUUUCUGCGAACAAAAAAAACGUUUUUGCACGAGAAAAGUGUUCAAUUACCACUUGGAUUAUUUUUGACACUCGAUCUACUUGGUUCUGUUAUUGGUGAGAUAAGUAAAAUGUAAGAAAAUGAAAUUAAAUAAAAUAAAACAAAUUAAAAAUUAAACCGUUACCCGUAAAUUAGCCAUCACCUCAUUGAGGUAAAGACACUCUUUAACUGAUUUUGGUUUUGUUCUUUGCAGGGAAAGAAGAGAAGAGAGGAGAGCAGCGUGGUAGGUACAUUAAACGGUUGCUAUCGAUCCAAAAAAAAAAAAAAUUAAAUUCUAACACUCGCGCCAAAACCUGAUCCCCCAUUCUUGGAGUUCCAGAAGCAAUUUGAACUUGCAAGGAUUCACUAGUCACCGAGGCCGGAAUUCUUAGCUAAACAGAUUUAAAGGCAUUUGAAUUCCUUGCUUUUGAAACUAUAUUUGUUUGAGAUCAAGAGAGGAUAAAGGGGACAGAGAAGGCAUCCCCCAUAUACACCCUAUUCCAGAGGAAAUUCGUCUCGAGUUAUUUUUAGAAUCGGGAUAAAGUUACCUCGCGCGCUGCGUGGAUGUUUCGUGAAGGUUUCGUAUGACUAAACGCCAUGCAAAACAUGUUGGGCGAAAGGCAAUGAAAGCGUAAAGAGAUCGAGAGCAUUUCUGAAUAUUGAAGCGAAAUUAGUCGGCGCUCACCUGGAAAAAGGGAAUCGCUCGAUUCUUUGACAACCCGUGAAAUCAGUUUAACUCGAAGUUAUCGUAACCUCAGUGCUUUAAUAAAAUGAGAAAUUUCGCCGGUCUAUUGAAACCUGUCGUUUGAACAAUAAAGCAAGUAGCAAGUAAUAUUCAUGUAUAUGUAAUUAGUUUUACAAAUUUGAAUUUUAUUGUAGUUUUUUUAAGUUGUUAAGCGCUGUUGAUCAGUGAAUGUAAAUAGCGCUCUAGAAGUUAUUAAAUUAUUAUUAUUAUUAUUACUGUUAUUAUUAUUAUUAUUAUUAUUAUUAUUAUUAUUAUAGGACGCCAAGUGUUAUUCUUGUUGAAUAAUAAAAGACUAAUAAAAAAUAAAUAUCAAACCAGAAAUGCUCUCUUCAAACUGUAAAUUAUAAAUGAUCCUGAGAGAAUAUUCACUGUGUUAAGGAUUUCCCUGUUGUACUGUUAGCUCUAUACAAGAGAGGAGGGGCCAUUCUUUUUUAAUUUCCGUUUCGCUGAAACAGCUUUAGCAGAAAUCUCGCUUUAGUCGUUUUCGUCGACAAAACGAAUAGCAAUAUUGCUCUUCGCGUCUUCCACCAUUUUUUUCUACCUCAAUUCGUGAAGGACGCGUGGCUCUGAGCGUGGGUCAUCCACGCGGAACACAUUCGCGCUAUGUGAUUGGCUGUUGUCUAAUCCCCCUUGGGAUCUGUGGUCUUAAAAAUAACUCGAGACGAAUUACCUAUGGAAUAGGGUGUGUAUGGAGGAUGCCUUCUCUGUCCCCUUUAUCCUCUCUUGUUUGAGAUCUAUUCACUUCAUCCUUUUAUAUUACCAGAACGUUUGUAUUACAAUAGUGUUGAGUUAUUAAAAAUAUAUAAAUAAAGCACUGAAGAUACUCCUGAUACUUCGGUCUUAUAAAAAAUAAACCGGUGGAUCAAAAGCCCGAUUCAACUAGUCUGCAUAGAUCACUGAAUCGUAAAAACUUAGAUUCAGCUUCACUUUUUUGACAUUUAUCUGCCAGCUAUAAAUUUUAAUGGCAAACACUCGACCGCAGUUACUAAUCUUCGAUUACUGCUACUUACUAGCUAGUUUAAAAGAAAAAAGAUAUUUUAUGCAUUACCUUACAAUUAUAGUCUCAUCCUUAUUAGGACCAAUAGGACUUGAUUGGAAGGAACUAAAGGCAACAUUGAAUCCCACCUUUGAGUGGCAAAAAGCCGUUCAAGCAGCUCUGGAUACAGAUGACUCUUUAGAAUCGGUAUGGAUAGUCCUAAUACUUUGAGAUAAAAAUAAAUAAAUAAAUAAAUAAUAAUAAUAAUAAUAAUAAUAUCAGCCAAACUUCACAUGUAUCGCUUUUUAUUUUAUUGAUCUGUUUGCAAUUUCAUUUCCUCACUGGAUGGAAUAGUACUGAUGAAAAAAGAUUAACUGAAUAAUGUAAUGACGACAAGAAAUGUGUGACUGGCUCAGUGAUCGUCUAAGCAAUGCUGCGCAAAUAGGAAGUUGAUCAACAAUGCAAGUAGCCAAUAAGUACAAAGGAAAUUAAAUCAGUUUGUUAAAUCUGGUGAAACGUAACGACUGCUCCCAAUUUAUCGAUAAAAUACAAUAAACUAGAAAUACGAAUAUAGCAGAACCUCGCGAGGUUCGGGGGGAGGCCUAUAAAAUGUCAGGUGUGGGAAGGGGGAGAGAAUUGGAGCAAAUUGUAUAGCUUUAAGGGCGCGUUUCAACACUGGCUCUAAUACUGGAAGGUGAGAUGUAGUUAAUCUCCGUUUGGCUGGGGUAAAUUUGAACCCAGUGCUCUUUCGUUAAAAAGGAUUUUCUUUUGAAGUGAACUACAGCAAUAUGAGACUGUUUACACUUGUUGUAGUACAUAAUCACAUUUGACAACUAAUUGUUUGCAACUGUAAGGUACAAAUCUUACAAUCACUUACACUAAAAUAGAAAUUACAUGUAGCAAUGUCUCCAUGAUUAAGGAUGCAGUUGAGGAGAAUUAUGAAAGUGAUCAUGACUCAUGAUUACUGUUACGCGGUACCCUCAUUAGCAACGAGUCAUCUCUGUAAAAAGUACCAAAUCAUUUAUAAAAGUGUUCAUAGUUAUUUGUGUACAUACAUGAGAAACAAAUACCCAUGGAGGAGUGAAUUUGUAGGAAAUGUCCACAUACAAGUCUGCUUGUCAUUUAAUUUCUUGAAACAAUAUUCUGCCAAUGGAACAUGUUUAACUUCGGUGAAUAUGCAGGAAUAUGUCAACCCCCUCUGACUUCUUUGAAAGAGUUAAAUUUUCCCUGGCUAAUCCUGAAAAUCCUUGACUUGUUAAAUUGUCCCUUACGGGGAAAAGAAUUAAUUUUCCUGGCAUAGUAACACAUGUCACACACUAAUAUUGAGAGGAGAUUCGAAAUAUGGAUGUUCCUUUGGAAUAUUAAAUAGGAUCGACAAUAGGAGGCCAGCGCUAUGUUUGACUUAAAAGUCCACACCACAGCUGUGGUUAUGUAUAAGGCUGUUAAACAUAGAUAUACAUUUUACUUAGGAUAGUUUUGGGGAAGUAAAUGUAACGAAAAUUGUAAACGAAAAUGUUAUUUACAAAUGUAACGCUUCCUUACAUGUCACACAUAUUCAGUGUUCUAAAAUAAAGCUUACCGUAAAACCCAUCGUUGCUCAUGGUUUAAAGACUGAUCGGCUGUCUUUAGUCCGUUGGAAAGAUAUUCUUGAUGUGCAUUGUACAGAUCGUGUAACUCUUGCUGCCUAUCGUUGCAUCGAAGAAGAUAAUUUUGAUUGUAAACUUCAAGCGUUGCCUGAUCUCCUCAUCGCUUUUUGAAGAGUUAGCACUCGGUGUUCCCACUCCACCAGUUUGUUUGCAGUGUAAUUGUAGUAUUUUGUCGCUACCUCUGUACAUGUUUGUGGUCGCCGUGUUGACGACGUUGCCUUCGCUGUGCUCAGCGAUGUUCUCUCUGCUUCGGGCUUUGUUGUUGUCGUCGUCUACUCCGCUCGCGAUAGAUUUAAUCAGCGUUCUCCAGAGGAGUUACGGUGGAAAAGCUUCACCGUGGAGGAUUUCCCGCCACCUGUUGUGCUUGCUGUUCUGUGUCAGGGAAAUUGUUCGUGAUUCACCGAUCGUAAACUUUGUUUCGCAGACGUUGAAUAAACACAUCAGCCCUUAUGGAUACAACAUGAAAGUGUGCCCUGGUCAUGUUGCAUUGCCUAGUAAGAAAAAAUGCGCCGUGACGUCAAACUACUGUAUGAGGUCAUGGCGGCCACCAUCGGAUAUAUAAAAGUAUAGAUGGGCGCUGCGAGUUUGCAGCUCGCUUUGAUCCACGCGCGGUCCACGCACUGCGUGCCUUUCUUAAUUUAAUUUUAUUCCUAGUUUUUCCAUUUAUUAUUAACAAUUAGAUUUGUAAAUUAGUCUUUUCCUCCUUGUUCUUUCUUUGUUCCAUUUUGUAAAUUAAAUCGGAAGAGCCACGUAGUGGAGAUUUAAUAAAGAUACUGUACUGUACUUCGCGCGCUACGAGAUUAUAAACUCUCUUAGCGAGGCGCGAAGCGCCUCGCUUCGCUCUGAAUAAAUAGAUGAAUAAAAACUAAACAUCUCACCUUAUAUCGAAGGAAUAAACUGAUCGAUUUCAUCUGGACCCUUUAAAUAGUCGUAGUUGCAUCAAGGUUACAUAAAAAACUCCGGGCCUGUUCGUUAUCAAACAAUACAUAACCUAAUAAGCCUUGUGUGGCAUGAUAAAUUAAAAACAUAGGAGAAUAAUUAAUUACUCUGCUUGUGUUUAGGCGUAAAAGACACUCUCUUUUUUGCUGCUUGACAAGAGUCAGCUUAUUUCCAGCCAGGCAGUUGUACUAGGUAUUUAUUUCGUUCAAAAAAUUUGAACGAAGUUUCCACAUUUUUUGCUUUGCAGGCUAUAGAUCAGGGCUGCAUCUACGCUCUACGAUAUGAGAUGUGUGACGACAUGGCAAGAUCACCAGAUCUUACUGAUAGAGAUCCUCGAAGAAAAAUGUGGAACUUUCUCUCUCCUAUCGCCUUGUUUGCGUCUAAGGGGAAUAAAUACGGCAAAAAUGAGCUUGUUCCUGUCGCCAUUCAAAUGGAUUAUAAACCAGGUAAAAUGCUAAAUACAUGUGACGGACUGAAAAUGCCCAAGUACAUAACAAGAGCUGGAGAAUAGCUCAUUCUCUCUUGCACACAACUAAAUGUAAUCGGUAGAUAUCUGCUAAAAUUGUCCUUCAAUACGGGGAACGGAUACGUCAACACGGUAUUUUACAUCAGUUUUACAAUUGGUUUGCGAAACUAGUCUAAACUAGGCUAUUUCACUGACGUUUUACAAAUUAAAGUUACAUUCAUUUAAUAUAUUUAUGCAGUUGAAAUUGCAGCGUAUGCGGGUUUACUACGUAAUACAUGAUGGGUUUGGCUUAGUUCUCAGAGGCCAGGAGAGCUACCUGUUAUACCAGUUUUCGGAAGACUUCCCAGCCAUUUCUAUUAUCUAUCUCUUUUGAAUAAGAAACUCAAACAUUAAACUCUAAACCUUAUUUCACUUAAAACAAUAUCACUCUAUUACUCUCUUCCAAUACAUUUUAUUUUAGUUUUCAAGGACCAGUUAGUGAAUAUCCUUCGAAAAACCGGAAUAAAAUAGUACCUAAAAAUUAGACUUGGGAAUUUGGAAAGAGCAACUUCUGAAAGUAAAAGCGAAGAUACAGUUGCACAAAGUCGAGAAAUCUUAAUAACAACUGUACGUAAAUUUGCCACAUGAAACCAUACGUUCGUCAGGUUUUUACACAUCUCUUUUGAACUUGGCACCUCUAUUGAUUUUAGGGCACGCUUUCCAGCAAUGUGAAUCUAUGUUGAAGGCCAAAAACGUAGAAGGGUCUAAUAGACUCAAGUACAUCUUCAUUAUCUGUUUAGCAAUGUGACAGCAUGCCAGGGUCAACUUAUGUAGUAAUACCUCAAGUGGUUUUAAAGGCCUGGGUCAAAGAUGUGUUCUGAGCAUAUGAAUAGUUGGCAAUGUCUCUCGCUUGGAGACCUAGAACAAAAUGAACUUUUCCCCAAAAGUAAAUCUUGAGGAUUUCGUGUGCCUUAACGUUUAAUUAUGGUCACAUGACCAAAAAUUAAAAAUGAAGGAAAUUAGCGAAUUGGUGGCGAAUUUGCUUCUUUUCAAUAAAAAAAAAUGGUAUUUGUGAAAGAGAAUAAACAUACCUAACUUUCUACGUUUGGAAUGAAUGUACGUGAAGUUUAAAAAGAAAGUUUUAAAAAUUCAAGAUUAAGAUUUGGGCAUUUAAAAUGAUGUUUUCCCUCAUAAUUUAUUAUUGAAGUGCAAUGGACGGUCAUUCCAAACGUGAAGUGUUAGAAAUAUUUAAUAUGAAUUCGAAAAAUUUUUUUCCCGAUUUAUUUUCUUAAACCGGCCGCCAAUUGGUCAAUAGUUUACGAUUUUCAUCAAAAUGGUCACGUGACAUAUCACGUGACUUAUUAACGCAGUGUUUAUACUUUAAAAUGUUAAGGACGAUGCGUUCCGUGUUUAUGUGUGCCAAAGUUUGAUUCAGCGUUAUCAUCUAUGCCAAAGUUACAGCCAAUAAUUCAUUUUCCACAAGUAAACACCUUAGUCCCAGGCCUUAAACUACUCGAGACUGUUUUCUUCAGAUUCAGCGGUGUACACUCCUGAAGAUGGCGGCAACUGGUUGCUGGCUAAGCUCAAUGUCCAAAUCACAGAUGUCGGCUACGCACAAAUCGUGGAGCACCUCGUAAAGGUGAUGAUAUUAAUAUUAAAGUGUUGUACAUAUUUCAUAUAUGUCUUUUCUUAAGACUCUUCUAAUAAUGAUAAUCAUAAUGAUAAACGCUAUCUUUCUUGAAAUUUUUCUUUUCAAGAUUCACUAUCUGAUGGAGCCAUUUUGUGUUAUACUAAAACGGACCUUUUCAUCCCAGCAUCCUCUGCAUCAAAUACUCAAGUUUCAUUGCAGGGAAAUGACUGUCCCAAACGCAAUUGUAUCUCCAACGCUUGUAAACGAGGCAGGGUUAACGGAUUUGCUCUUUGCGUAUGGCAAUACCGGCACCAUAAGGCUUCUGAAAGACUCUCAUAAAGUAGCCACGUGGGAGGUGACAAAUUUGAAAGAAGAAGUAAAGGUUUGUUGUCAUGCUAUCUUACUUUCUUUGGUCAUCACAAAGAGCUGUGACUCGAAUCUAGCCAAAUUCAGACAUUGGAAGCUUUAAAGAAGCUGUGUCAGGAAAUUCAGCCAAAUUAGGUAAUUACAAAAUUCCCCUUUAAAUUAAGAGAAACAUAAAAAUAACCGCUUAAAACAUUAAAGGAAGGUUAAAAUAACACAACAGAUACAACAGAUGCCACGGAUGGGCAAAACUGAAGAAGACUGAAACGGAUUGAAAUUAGAGUUUUUGAAAACUGUCCAGCCUAACAUUUUUUCAAAGUUGAUCUCUGCUGACUGUAUGCAACUUCAAAAAUAAUGCUCAGGAGACAUAUUGGUUUGUCUCGAAUCUCUGACUUUGUCAUUUUCAUGAAAUUUCUUUGCUUACUUUAAGUUUCAUAGCGAUGAAGAGCGAGGAAUUAGCAAAAUUAAACAAAAUGAACUGGACUGCCAUGACAAACACAAAAAGAGAAAAAAAUAAGGAAGGGAUUACAAUCGAGAUUUGACAAAACUAGUUUUCCUCACUCUACACAGUAAUUAUUAAGGAGUUGUAAUAACUCCUCUAGUGGGGUUAAUCUAACUCCUUACAGUGGAGUUAUUUUUGGGGCAGUUAUUUUAACUCCAAAAAGGAGUUUAAAGAACUCUUUUUCAGGAGUAAAAAUGACUCCAGAUAUUGAGGAGUUAAAAUAACCCCCCAAAAGGAGUUUUCCUGUAUCUAAAAUUUUUACUCCACUUUCAGAGUUAAAUUAACUCCAAAAAGAGUAACAACAACCGAUGCAAGGAGUAAAAUAACCCUUGGGGAGCUGGCAGCGAGGUCUGGAACGGAGUUUACAUGAUCGCCCCAGUUAAGAAAUUUGGCCGAGUGCGACUGAAUACCAUUUUCCUUCAAAACAAAUAUCAACAAAUAUGGCGGAGAAUGCAGACAUGGAGGGACGAUGAGUUUUUGCUCGGUUUUGAGUUUUGCCGCGUCCAAACAUCAAGAAAAGGUUUUCAAGAACAUUUUUAAAGGAAUUUUUGGACAUCAGGAGGCGUGAUGUAUGAACAGUUCAUGGGUGACUAAACUUAUCGUGAUUCGGCAUCUCGGCAAGUUCAGUUAUUUAUAAGCUUCCUGAAUUUUCGAGCAACCAGCCUAGUCUCCAUCUCUUAUAUUUUUCCGCCUACAGUGGUAUUAAGAACUCUCUUCCUUAUCCUAAACAUAUGCCACGAGCGCACUAUAUUAGUAUGAGUCUUGGAACAGUCAUAUGGGAAUGUUCAUUAAACCAAUUUUCUACUUCGCUGUUCGUAAGUUUGUUUGUAAACCGGGAGCCAUAACAAAUAUAUAUGGGCGAAAAUACAGAAUACUGGGCCAAUUUAGUAAAAGCCAGAGUAAAUUUUCCAGUCACUUUGCUUCACAUAUACUGGGUCUGUCAGUAAAAGCUUUUUUUACAAUCAGAAGGCUGGGAGGGUUUUACUGAACCUUCAAAACCUUCACCGGAAUAUCAUUGGAGUGAUAAUCAAUAAAUUUCUAACAGCAGUACUGUAUUUAGUAGUUUUGUAUUAGAUAGUGACUUCGGUUUCAAGUAUUUCCUUGAAAUUGUUUGCACAAAAAUUACCCUGUAGUUCUGAAUUUUACUUGAAAUGAUUAUAAUGGCUUAGUGUGGGGACAAGAUGCUUAUCCAGUUGCUAAUAAGAGUGAAUACAUCAGAGAGGGGUAUGCAUUGAGAAAGUCCCUCAAAGGACUGAAGUACAAGAAACAGAAAAAAAGAAAAUUGAAUGUUUUGCAAAGUUUAUAAAGAGAAUCAGAAGGAGCUUGAAAAAUGUACAACUUCUUACAACUUCAGUUGAUUGUGUAAGUUAUGAAUUUGAUUUACAACAAAAACAAACAAGCUAAAAUUGAUUUUUUAUCAACCAUCAAAAGAACUUAUUGUGCCUUAAGCCCAAUCCUCUCAGCAGUUCUUUCUGAUACUACCCUUGGCUUAUUUGGCCUAGAUGGGUGUGUGCUGCUGAUUUAGGGUGGUGACCAUUUCACCCUUUAGAGUUUUUGAACAGGGUGUCUGUUUGGGCCGUGAAGGUUGAUGAAGAGCAGUCUAUGGUUACAUUUUUGGUACCACCAUUUUUUUCCCUAAGUUUUUUCCAUGUUUCUAAGUUUAAAAGCUAACUUAAAUCUGUAUGCCAAAUGAAAUGAAUCAGAAUUAUAAAAUAAGGGCUCUUGGCUUAAAAAGGGUAGGGAAAUAAACAAUGUGUCCCACCAUGCCACCCAUACUCUCUUUCAGUGCAAGCCCAGGGAGGUGAUCUCACAUUUUAAUACCAUUUUUACCACUUGUUGCAACAGCAAAGUCAGUGAAUGUUUAUGGUCUCUGCAAAAGGUUUUUGCCUACCUCAACACAAGUUUCCAACUGUUAUUCAGUCGACUACAGAUAAAUAUAUUAUCUUAAUAAUAUGAUUUUACAUUUUUUUCCAAGGCAUCCUAUGGUGUUUUUCAUAUCCAGUUGAGAGGAUUUGAGAGGAUUUGAUCUCAUUAACUACAUUUAUAUACAGACACAAACUAACCUGGCAGGAUGAUGUCCAAGGGUGUAAAAAAUUACAUGCAACUGUAUGGCAAAAACUGAUCACAGUGGCCAAAGGAAAGGCAAAAACAGAAAUGUCACCAUUUUCCUGACUUUAUAAAUGCCCUUUGAAGCAUAUUUAGCCAGAUGUGGUUCUUGUCAAAACAUGCAACGUUGAACAUUUAUUUUCUGAACCUAGCUAAUCCCAUCUUUUGUAAACCAUAAUCUUGUUCCAAGGGGUAGUGUAGUUUUUGGAAUUUAUAAUUUUUUCCCUCUUUGUUUGCAGCAAAACACACUUGAAUGAGAACUCAAACUGAAGGCAGUGUAAUAACUGCUGUCAUGAAAAGAGAAUACCAAACACAAAAAAUAAUUACCCUUUUAUUAAUUUAUUUGCCUCAGAUUCAUUUGUUAGAAACUACGGUAAAGUUUAAAUUAAAUCACACGAAGAACGAAACUUUAACAUAUCAACAUGUGCAAAAUCAAGAGAGAAUGAUCUUUUGGCAAAAUUUAUUUAGCUGCUGGUACAUAAAGAAAUACAUAAACUACGAGAUUUGACCAUGCCACUCAAUCAUCCAACGCAACUCUGCCAGGAUAAGUUCACAAUCAAGGAUAUAAAAUUAAGAAUCUCAAUCAUCAUUUCUUCUCGUCUUAAAAGUGUGGUAAAACCGUAAACAACUCUGACAACUCUUCUAUUCGACCACAGCCACUGCACCUUUUUUUAAUAUCGCAAAGAAUAAAUUUUGGGCCUUUCGCUUGAAAAUAGAAACUCUUCUACAUACGUAUUGGAGGGCUGGCCCUUCUUUUAGUCUUGUGGGUCUUCUAAAUAGAAAUACAUAGUCAAAAGGUCGGACAUCGAGGAACAUAUCAGCUGAACAUGUUCACCAGCCUCGUUCUUCGUUCUUAGCGUAGUAAACCGCAUGUAAUGACACACGCAAGACCAGAAGAAAGGAAAACGUAAGCCCCACAUUACCGCGGAAAAAAAAAAUUGGUUACAGCAACGUCGAAAGAAAGCAAUGACCAAGAGGAUUAACAUUAUACAAUAGAUUAAAUAUUAUAUAAAAGCCAAUUCACUUCACACUGUCGAAUCGCCUCGAAGAUGAGCUUCUUCUUGUUUUUUACCAGCCCGUUUCGCGCAUGCUCGCUACAGUUCUCGAAUGAUUGACAGAUUUCUUAACUGGGGAGAUCAUGAAAAGCCGAAAAGAGGCAACAUCAAAGGCCGUUGCCAGCCCUCCCUGAAUAACCCCUUUUUCGGAGUUAUUUUAACUCCAGACUGGGAGUAAAAAGAACUCUUUUUCAGGAGUAAAAAUGACCCCAAAUUUGGAGUAACCCCCAAAAAGGGGUUAUCCUGUACCUAAAAGUUUUACUCCAUUUUUUGGGUCACAAUAACUCCCUAAACAUUACGGUGUACCAGUUUUUCAUCUCUGUUGUUUAUAAGUGUAAAUAAAUAUUUAUAUGCUUGGGAGACAAAUUUGUUUGUCAGGAAGGUGUGACUUGUGAGUAAGGGGCAGUAAUAGGGGAGACUAAAUUAGACUGCUGUGAAAAAGCUCCUUUAGAUGAUAACAUUAAUCCAUGCAGUUAUAUCAGCUAUUUCUAACAUCUCUUGACACCUAAAUCAGAGCUUGAUACUUACCUCAGAAGCACCGAAAUUUCCACUUUUUUAUGACAUCUUUUUGUCAUAACGUGCUUGAUGACUAAAACGUGGACUAGGCUAAUUGAUGCCGAUGAGAUUAAGGUCCAUGGCCUAAAACUAUUGCGAAACAUUAAAUUUAUGUCGGGACUCGAUCUGAAUUUAGAUGAAACUGUGCAUAGCUUAUGAAUAUGAAUGGUUCGCUGAUUCAGUCAGCGACAUGAAACUUCAACCCCUGGCAUCAAAAAAGGAACGCUACCUUUUUAUUUGUAAGAACUUCCGUCCUUGAAGGAUUUAGUCUUUACUAUAAACUUGCUCUCUGCCCGCAGUUUUCAUUACGUUUUGUCUUGACCUUUUUAUGUGUGUGGAAUUAAUACACUUUAUUAAUAGAAACGUGGACUAGAUGACAGGAGACUUAUUCCAUACUUUCCUUACCGUGAUGAUGGCGAGGAGAUUUUAGGAGUAAUCGAUGACGUGGUGGAGAAAUACGUCUCUUUGUAAGUAUUUUCAUCAGGCAAAGUUACCGGUCAGGAGCUAGAGUUGAUAAUAUAAUAUUUUUUUUGUACCUUGGCAUAUUAACGCGUAAGUUGAAUUUUGUUUUUUUAAUCAUCCAUACAAAAUAUUUCUAAGUUCGUAAUAAAAUCCUCACUUUUUCAUAGACUUUCUUCACAAACAUUACAGAUCUACAAUUAUUGAAUUCGGCUUCAUGUCAUCUGAAGAAUUAUAAGGAUCGAGUAGUGUGUCGGCCUCGGCGGAUAUAUGCACCCUCCGCGAUCUUCAUAAUUCUUCAUAUGAUACGAAGCCGAAUUCAAUAAUUGUUUUAUUAUUCAUUCAGAAUAAUUCCUAGUCUAAAAACAAGCUAAAACAUGCCUACCUACAUUCAUGUUACGUUCAUCUCGAUAGUGCAUGUUUAUCGGAAGUUUAGGAGAUAAAGGGCUGUUCAGGUUCUUCGAUACUAUGACAUGAAAGAAUACGAAACUUUGAAUACAAUUUUUGUCAAGGAUUCAUUAGUUUGAGGAAAUUGUUGCAUUAUCAAUAAUAGCUUCAUAAUGACAUAGCCAAAUUUCUUUCAGAUAUUAUAAAGACGAUAAAGCUGUCCAGGAAGACAAGGAACUCGAGGCUUUCCUCAAUGAAUUAUCUCUCAACGGAACUGGAGAGAAUGGCGGAAUUGGAAGAGUAAGUAUCAGUAUACCAAUGAUAUUUGUACCUUCAGUAUAAUUACGUCACUAACCGGUAACGUGACUUUUAGAAAAUCAGACAACAUUAGGCGCAAUGAAAAUCAAGGGUGCUACCAGUCCAUCCAAAAUGAUAGCAGUCCCUCCAAAUUCCUUUGUAGAUUUAACAGGAAAGACGUACACGUACUUUUUCAGCGGGUGCAUUUCAUUGAAGAUUUAUACAACGCAGUUACUCUGGAAGUGUUAAAACUUGCACUACUUCAAAUUUACAUUUAAUCAUAAUCGUAGUCCGGCCAGACGAAAAGUUUCGAUUGCCACGUUUUUUGGAGACGACCGAGCCUAUGAGGAAGAUACUAAUGGAAGCUAAGCCAAAAGGAAUGGUUAUAUAUUUGAGCUUUCCUGGUUAACCCCGUGUUGCUCAUCAGGUUUUGUAAUUUAGGUGCGUUUUGUCUAUAAACUUUAAGGUUUUCGGUGCGGUUGAGUAAUAAAUAAAUAAAUAAAUAAUGAAUUUCUUCAAGCCUGGUGACCAAAAUGUUUCCGCUAAAACUGAUGUCAAGUUGUCCGCUACUUAUACAUUCUUUAUUUAUUAUAAGCUAUUUCAACUUAAAUAACCGACAGAUACAAAAGUUCCCUCCAAGAAUUGACUCCAAAGAAGAACUCUGUGAUAUUGUUACCCGGGUCAUCUCGCACCUGAGCGUGCAGCACACCGCACUCAACUACGCGCUGACAGAAUAUGCCGUGUACAUCCCUAAUCUGCCAACGAAACUGUACAAUGAUGCCAGAGUUAAAGAGGGUGAAUUCUCUGUUUACCGACUCCCAAACAGGGUUACAUCUGCGGUAGGCACAACGUUCUUUUCUAAGAUUAUUAAAACUUCAAUUUCGUUGUCCUUUUAAUUUUGGGUGGAUAGUUAUGACCAAUAGAUCACGAAAAUAUAAAUGCUGAGGUUAUGGGUCGACCAAAAAAUAAUAACCGCGGUUAAAUAACCUUGUAAUAUUAUUCACGACAAGACAUAAUGUUGACCUUAUAGAAAUUAUUUUGUACCAUCUGUGCUAGUCUGCGAAAAACACCUUUUGAUUCUUAGGUAACAUUCUUUUUUACCUGUAUUUAAAACUAUGGAAACUAAAUGACUGGGGACCAACUAGAAAACUUGCAAGUUAAAUUAGCCUUAAGGCUCUAACAAUGCCUUUGAAAUUAUCUGUCUCUGUUUUUUGGUCCUAAAGAAAUAUUGCAAAGCGUUCAUUUAUUAGUAAAUGAACCAGAAGAGCAAAUAUAGUCUAUCCAUGUCUAUUGAAAAGGUUGUCAGCCUUGAGCUUAAUGACUGUUUUUCGCAGUUUAUAAUUCAAUGAACUAAAUUUAAUACUAUGUUAUCAUGACAAGUUUUAGCUGACGCGAUUUCAUUUGGUUUUUAACUUUUCAGAUUUGGGCAGGCUUCAGCGGGUUAACAGCUCUCCGCUUUGAUUCACUGUUUGACUACGGCAACAGUCUUGAGGACAGUAAGGCCGCUAACAUUAUCAACAAUCACUACAGCUACUUGAUGCGUGUUGUUCAGCCCAAACUGCAAGAAAGGAACAAGAAACGGAAGGACAAGGAUGACCUAACAUAUCCCUACUUCAUUCCAAGAUGGAUUCCGAACGGAGUUCAGACCUAG